UGUUACAAUGAUUCUCUACACAAUGAAUGCUUGUUUUGUCACAAACUGAAAUUAGGUGAACUAUUCGAAUUUUAGCAGCCAGGAAAUGGCAGUGCAACUUUUAAAAGAAGAGAAAAACAUGCACACUGCUCUUGCCAGUACCAUAAGCGAAUAAACAAAGUAAUAUUGGCAAGAGCAGUGUACAAGUUUUUCUUUUGAUGUACAUAUCUGUCUACCUUCAUUGAUGCCCUUCUCUUCAAUGUGCUUGUUGAUGUAAUUGUGUUAUUCUUGGGUGAGUGGCUGGGACUGAUUUUGAGUGUACCUCCAAGAGAUGUGGCUCAGCUGGUGUUGAGCAAUUCUGAGGGGGUACCCCGGGUCAACACUGCAGGUAUGGAGUACAGGGAGAUAGCUGCUCACUUACUGGGACCAGGGCCUAUGGCUGCCCUCAGUGCAAACCACACUGUCUACUGGGCAAGGCCUGGACAAGGAUCUAUCUACAGGAUCCCCAUGGAUGGGAAGCCCCUGGAUCCUGUUCUGCUGUUGAAAAGCCAUGGUGCUGUCCUGGGUCUGGCUGUGGACUGGAUCCAUGAGCAUCUCUACUGGACUAACGCUGGCACUCACUCCAUCGACGUGGCCCGUUUGGGCGGCUCUGUACAACGCCUCCUGAUAGAAGGGCUUGCCAUGCCCACUGGAGUGGCUGUGGAGCCCUUGUUGGGUGUUCCUGAGUAUGCUGUUGGUGGGGGUGGCGUUGUGGUGGAGGGAUGCGUUCAAGCUUUCCAGGACACUCGCCUUCCAAGAUUUCUCCCUGAAAGAGUCCCAGGAUCCACUCAUACAUUGCCCCUGAGACUUGUCCUAUCAAGGACACUCUGCUAAAGCUGGACUUGGACAGCAACUGAGUGUCCCAAGCCACUUGCAUAAGAGAGACCGGUGUCCAGCAGUGCUCCCGCUUGACUGUGGCUCUCCACUUCAGUUUCAAUGAAGGCUAGAAAAUGACUUGUACAAUUGACUUGAACAAUAUUUUCAGUGAAUUUAUUUCCAAGUCAUUGAUUUUCCUAACUUGACUGUAAUUUAAUUAGAAUUGACCCUAGCCUUGGCGGUCCUCAUGCAUAUCAGUUAUUUAGCUACAGAUGGACACCUCCGCCUAUCUGGGGUACUGUAUCCCUCAUACAUACACUUUCAUUGUGACAUCUCAAUGUCCUUUUGCACUCAGUUGACUAUGUCCAAAGAAAGUUUUGUAAUUCAUAUUUGGACUAAUAUGUAGAUAGAUACAUUGUGUGUAUAUAUGUGUAUGUAUAUACAUACACACACACACACACACACACACACACACACACACACACAAUGUAUCUAUCACUCCACAUUUGAUACAGUGUAUGCAAAACAAUGUACCAGCCUUACAACUGACCCAGCCAUACACAGAGACAUAUGUUGUACAUUCUGCUACUAGUUACAUGCAUCUCUGCUCUUAUCUGGUGUUUGGGGAUCAACUGAAGUUGAGUUGUGUUUUAACAUAAAAUGGCAAGAAAGGGGGUAGAAUGUGGCUCUGACAUUGAAGUAGAGUAUUCACUUAACACUGUAAUCGAGUCAUUUUUUGUACUGGUCUGCAUUGUUUAGAUCAGUUGCUAUGCCGUCAUUGAAAAACAAUUGUUUGUCUUUGUUUGAUUAUUGUAAAUUAUUUGUUGUCCUGCUAGGCAGUCUUUUUAUUUAUUUUAUUUUUAUUUUUUUAUUCUUAACUACUGAGUGAACUGUAUUUAUGUUUUGAAGGGAGGUUCUAUUUAUUUUUGGAAGGACUGCCGUUAUUGAAGCCUGACCAUUUUUGUGGUUACUUUUGAAUAGUCUUUCAGUUCAUCUUUACUUGUUGAGUUUAUUUAAUUGAAAUGGAAUGAAAUAAAAAAGUUUUCUCCAUAUUCAUGAGGUGAUUUCAUUAACUAAUAUGCUAUCUUGCAUGGUUGGCUAUUAAUAUCAUAUCACCUUAAUUGAUAAAAGUCUUGAUCCUGCUUUUGCAAUAAUGAUAAUACAUUUUGAAUGU